AUGGCAAGGGGGCAAUUACAAUCUGUGAAGACUUGUGGUAUCUGUGCUACUCCGGGACACAUGACUGACAUGUGUCCAACUCUCCAGGAGGAUUCACCUGAACAAGCCAACAUAGUGGGAGAUUUUUCUGGACCACCUCCACGAAGGAAUGAUCCUUUUGCACCCACUUACAAUCCAGGGUGGCGAAAUCAUCCUAACUUUAGCUAUGCUUCAAAACCCCCUGGCUUUCAACAACAUUUCCAGCCACGGCCACCAGUGCAACAACCAUCCACUUCCAAUUCAAACAUGUCUCUUGAAGAUAUAGUGAAGUCACUGGCCCAAAGCACGAGUCAAUUACAGCAAGAGGCUCAAAGAUCUCAACAGGAGUCUCACAGAUUUCAACAAGAGACUCGUGCUAGCAUUAGGAAUUUGGAAGUACAGAUGUCUCAAUUGGCAACUUCCAUGAGCAACCUGGAAAAUAGCAAUAGAGGAAAGUUACCAUCUCAAGUAAUUCCUAAUCCCAAGGAGAAUGCCAGUGCAAUGCAAUUACGGAGUGGCAAGGAGGUACAGUCUCCUAGGCGUGCCCACGCCAAAGAAGAAGAAGUGCCCAGGAAGGGGGAAGAGGAAGAUGAGAAACAAUCCUCUGAAGUCUCAAAGAAAGUUGACAUUCCUCCUUUUCCUGGCAGGUUUACAAGAGCCAAAAAGAAAGAAUCUGAGCAAGAGAUUUUGGACACCUUCAGGAAAGUGGAGAUCAAUAUUCCUUUAUUGGAUGCUAUUAGGCAAUUGCCCAAAUAUGCUAAAUUUUUGAAGGGCUUAUGCACUAACCGCAAUAAGUGGAGUCUGGAUGACAAGGUGAAGGUGGGGGAGAAUGUCUCAGCGAUGUUUCAAAGGAAGUUGCCCCAGAAAUGCAAGGAUCCAGGUAUGUUUACUAUACCAUGCAUAAUUGGCAAUCAAAGAAUUGAAAAAAGCAUGCUUGACUUAGGUGCUUCAAUAAAUGUCAUGCCUCUCUCAAUUUUUAAAGUUUUGAAUUUAGGACCCCUCAAAGAAACUAGGGUAAUCAUUCAACUAGCUGACAGGUCGAAUGUCUACCCUGAGGGCCUAGUUGAAGAUGUUCUAGUAAAGGUCAAUGAAUUCAUUUUUCCUGUGGAUUUUUACAUUGUUGAUAUGAAUGAUGCAUACUCUACUGAUUCAGCAGUGAUUCUUUUGGGUAGACCCUUCAUGAGUACAGCAAGGACUAAAAUAGAUGUACAUGAAGGGACUUUAUCUGUGGAAUUUGAUGGAGAGAAGGUCACUUUUAAUAUUUUUGAUGCAAUGAAGCAUCCUGAGGAUACUGAGUCUGUAAAUUUUGUUGGCAUGACUAACACUAUUGUGCAAGAGAAUUUUGAACAGAAUUUCAUGGGGGACAAGUUGGACUUUGUCUUGCAACAAGGCAAGACCAAUUUGGAAGUGGACGACAUGGAGGAGGAGGAAGUCAAAGAAGUUAUCAUGUCCUUACAUUCACUACAUCCGCUUCCAGGCAGGUUUGAAAAUUCUUUUCUACCAUUACCCACUUCUAAUGAAAGGAUUCUACCUUCUGUUCAACAGGCACCUAAUGUGGAAUUGAAGGAACUGCCCCAGCAUUUGAAAUAUGCUUACUUGGGAGAUAACAAGACUUUGCCUGCAAUCAUUGCCAAUGAUUUAACUGCGUUGCAAGAAGAGAGGCUCUUACGGGUCUUACGGGAAUUUAAACCAGCAAUUGGAUGGACGUUAGCAGACAUCAAAGGCAUCAAUCCAUCCAUUUGCAUGCAUCACAUCCUUUUGGAGUCGGACGUAAAACCCGUGAGAGAGCAUCAACGCAAGCUCAAUCCUGCAAUGAAGGAGGUGGUGAUGAAGGAAUUUAAACCAGCAAUUGGAUGGACGUUAGCAGACAUCAAAGGCAUCAAUCCAUCCAUUUGCAUGCAUCACAUCCUUUUGGAGUCGGACGUAAAACCCGUGAGAGAGUAUCAAUUUUGGUGA